AUGAUAGCUGAUUUUAUUAUUCAUAGUGGCUAAUCUGCUGACUGUAAAGUAGGAACCUUAAAUAACAAAGUUUAUUUUUUCAAAGAGUUUUUCAGUAAAAAAGACUAUAAUCACCAAAAAACAAUCUACUAGCACUUAAAUGAAAUUACCAAUGAAGUUGAUCUUAGCAUCUUAAAAAUGAUUAAAUAUGAUGACCACAAAUGUUAGAUUGUAUUCCCCUAUAUUAUUUUUAGUCUUACUUAAAUUUGUAGUAAAGUAAAAAGCAAUAAUACUAGAGGAAUGAGAUGGAUAUUUGCACUGUAUCAUUUUACAUAAGUUGCUAGUAGCAUUAGAAAACUUCACAGUUUAAAUUUAUGCCACUGUGAUAUAAAAGUAGAUCAUAUUUUAAUUGAGUAAUAAUCAAAUGGUUUGAAAGAUAUUCUUAUCGAUUUUAAGCACUGCUAAAAAAUCAAAUAAAAUUAACUAUCAUAAACAGUUUGUGGGACAUUAAGUUAUAAUCCGCUCGAAUUAAAUGAUGGAAUUGCUAAAUCACAAGUUAAACCAUACAGCCCCUACAAAUUGGAUUUAUAUUAAUUGGGUAUGCUUCUCUUGACUUUAAUCGUAUAUUUUCGUAUUAGUGAGAAUAUGAAAAAUUUGAUAAGUUUGAAGAAAAAAAAUAAAUUUUUAGAAGGUAUUACCCUUUUAUACAAAGCAAAUUAUAAUACUAAUUUAGAAAUAAAACCUGAAGUAUAUGAUCUUAUUUGGGGUCUUUUGACUGGAGAGAUUGAAGAUGCUGCUUAAAUCUUCAACCACUAAGUUUACAAUUUAUAAGAAGUCUAAAAUAUGUUGAAAAACCUCUCAUUAACUGGAAAUACAAAAGUUUUUUAGAUUGAAGAUGAAGAAGAAGAAUUUAUCUACCAUAAUAUUGUUAUUAAGAAAAAAGAAGAUGAAAAUAGAAGUGAUAGUACAAUAAGCUUUGAUAAAAAGUUUAACGAAAUGCUACAGUCUAAUUGCACAAGAUAUGAUGAACUAAUUUAAGAAAUCAAAUUGUUUUGUGAUAAAAACCCACGAUAAAUAAAGGAGAGUGAACUCCAAAAAGGAUCUUUAUUAUUUGAAAUGAGUACAUGUUAAAUAUUAUAACACUUGUUGUGUUGCUUUGGAAAUAAUAAUCCUGAAGUCUUUGAUCAAAAUAUUUUUGGGGAAACAUAAGAUUUAACCUUUUAAGUCACUUUAAAAUAUACUUCUCCAGAAUUUACUGAAUAUAGUACUGAUGAUGACAGUGAUGAAUAUUUAUAAAAUACUGGAAUUGAAGAAAUACAAAAUUAUAUUGAAAUUCAGAUAGAAAUAGUUAUGAUUGAAGAAUUGAAGUAAUCAGAAACAAAAUCUAUUAUCUUCACACCAAUAAAAGGAGAAUUUAUGUAUUACAGUAAUUUAAUUGAAGAUAUCUCAAGAUAUUUAAAAACAAAUAUUUGA